GCCAGAAGGAGGAGGAUGGAGGAGCAGCCGAAGGAGGGCGAGGCCGAGGUCGCGGAGCCCUGGUUCUCUAAGUGGGAGCGCCAGUGCCUGGCCGAGGCCGAGCAAGAAGAGGAGCUGCCCCCCGAUCUGCAGGAGGAGGCGGCCCCUGAGGCGGCGGGGCUCAGGAGCGAGCAGCAGAAGCUGUGGCACCUCUUCCAGAUCUCAGCCACCGCUGUGGCCCAGCUCUACAAGGAUACGGGGUGCCAACAGCCAGGACUCUCCAUGUGGGACCCCUUCCAGAAUGCGGCCAUGGCUGUGACCAGCCUCUACAAAGAGAGCGGGGAUGCCCAUCAACGAAGUUUUGACCUGGGCAUCCAGGUUGGCCACCAGCGUCGCAUCCGAGAUGUGCUGGAAUGGGUGAAAAAGGGCCGGAGCACCAUUCUCCGCGAAGAUCUGAUUAGCUUUCUGUGUGGCAAGGUGCCCCCCGCCACUCCGCCGCCCCGCACCCCGAGGACGCCGCCGAAGCCACCCGCCGGGGCCGCCAGCCAGGCCGCGGCCACCGAGUCCAGCUCCUCGGUGGACGUCGACCUGCAGCCGUUCCACGAGGCCAUCGCCCUGCACGGCCUCAGCGGUGCCAUGGCGAGCAUCAGCGUGAGAUCCGGCGCGCCGGGCUCGCCGCCUCAGGCCAGCGGCGUCGCUAGCGGUGGCCGCCGAAGAAGUAGCUUCCUCGAGGACGACUCGAACCCCAUCGACCCAGAAGACCUGGCCCUGCGCCUGGACAGUGGGGGGACCCGCAAGCGCACCUCAGCCCAGUGCGGCGAUGGCGACAUAGACUCCCCAAGCCACAAGCGCAACCGAAUGGUCUAAACGGCCUGGCGGGUCGCCCGCCGCCAUAUUGCUCGCGAGCCAACUCGGCCGCCCACACGCUUGUGGAAAAGGGCGCUUGACCAUCUCUUCUUCCUCUAAGUUAAACAAAGAUUUGUAUCAGUUUGCCACAAAGAAACUUUAAAAGUAUUCCAGAAGAGGCCUCGUGUGACUCUGACUUUCCCGUGAUAACUAGCAGAGAACAAGUAUCCUGUAGUAGUUAGCAAGACCAUUUAACGCAGAAGUAUCCGGUCAAGCGGGAACCCGGUUUAUCUUGUUCGCGGUUAUAUUCCUUAGCAUCUAGCGCAGUUGCUGGUGCUCAAUAAAUGUUUGUUGAAUGAAUAAAUGUGACCUUAUUUGAAAGACUUAAAGGGGAAGGACUAACAGGUGUUUGCUUGGUUAUAGGAUACUUUUAGCCUUUGUCCUUUGAUGUUUGCUUUAACCGUUUUUGCUGGUUCCGUUACAUUUUAUCACAAUGUAAAACAUGACAUCCUUGUGAAA